ACUAUGAAGGGCGCAUCGUGCUGGGUUACUCUGUUGAUGUUUGCUCUUCUGGAAGCUUGGAGACUUAAAUGUUUGGCAGUUGCUAAUCAAGGUAAAACCUCUUUUCCAUUUUUCUUUUCCGAGGGUGAUAACAACUUCCCCGAGGACAAUCUUCUGCAUUGUUUAUGAUAAAUGAAACUACAAGAAAUGAAAAGCUUCAGUUCUCAUGCUCCCUUUUCUUACAGUGAAAUUUCUCUUAUGUCACAGAAACAAAUUGUAGUGCAUGAAUUUAUCACGAUAAAUGCCUGAGGAUUUCGUGUAACAUCGCUCUACUCACGACUCUCAAUAUAGAAAUCAUUCAGUAAAUGACUCUCCAGACGGCACUGCAAAAGGCUAAUUUUCUUGGACCACAGUUUCUCAAUGGAGUCCACAUUUUAUGCAGAGCCUUAUUACAAGAGCUCAUUUUGAAUAAAACAGAGGUUAUAAAUAUGAAUAUUGGAACUGCGAACGUUGCAAGUAGUAGACUUACCGUUCUAGAAAAAAUAUUGUGCGGUAAAAACAAAUGACAGUUACAUGUCAAUGUUCCGGGUAACUUCCAUCGAAUUAGAACCCUUUCAAUUUCAUAACAAUCAAAAAUUAAAAAGUGUAUAUCUCCAAGUACAAUAAAAAGGUACGUAGAGUGUUACAACUGCCAAAGAAAGAAGACUACAGCUAAGGUGGUUUUAACUCCGAUAAUCUAUAAUCCUACUCUCAAGCUAUAUAUAUAGUUAAGCAAAAUCCAGGAGAAUUCUCAAUGCAGUCGGGAUAGCGUUUUUUUGCUUGAAGCUUAUCCCUCUCACCAGGCAAUCGCCAAUUUAAAAAGUUGCAACAGUCAACACAUUGACAUACAGUAGAACCUCGAUAACUCGAACUCCCGUUAACUCGUACCAUUUCCCUUGGAUUUCACCCCACCUGUGUAAACUCGAACUUGGAUAACUCGAAUUCCUCGCUAACUCGAACUAAAUUUCCUUUCAAGUUUCACUGGAAUUUACCCUGAUAACUCGAAUUCUGGUUCUUGUGACUCCACUCGGAUGCCAUUUCAUUAGCUCUUCUUGUUUUAUAAUUGGUAAAACCAGUAAAAUUUACACUACAGCAAUUUUAUUUUGAUUGGUGCAACGAACAGAUCACGUUUUAUCAUAAAGAUGCCUAAUCAUGUUACCAUUUCUGGUGAAAUACGAGUUAGAUUUGCACUGUACUAUACACUGGAGCGCUGGAAAAUCAGUAACUAUUAAUUAUUAAGAUGGCAAAUCUGACACUCAAUCGGCCCCUGUAACUCGAACGCCCGCUUUCUCAAACUAAUUUUCGUUUCCCUUCAGAGUUCGAGUUAACGGGGUUUUACUGUAUUUGGUUGAUAAAAAAUUAAUUUACUAUUAAUAAUUCCGUUUUGGCAAACCCUUGCUAAGACUUAUUUGGUUAUUUCUUAGCGGUACAACACCUUGAAAGCCAAAAGGCUUCGCGUUUUCUUCAAAAACUGAGGUUAAAGGAGAGCAAAGAGCAGAAAAUAACAAAUUGAUGGGCCUAUUUUUCUUACUGUCAAUGGGUAUGAAGCACCCGUCGGAAAAUUCACAAAAAGAUACUAUUUCCAUUUGUUGAUCUGAGUUAGUUUACCAAUGAAUAUAAAGUAUAAAAGGUAUCAAAAGUGUCAGAAGACAACAAAUACUGCAAGCUCUCGUGCCGAGAAACAUUCCGGCCCGGUUUGUUUCUUUUUGUAUUCUAGUUUGCAUACUACUGAGCGGAGAAUUGAAUUAGUUAACAAUUUUGUAUUUUACGAAAAAAGAAGGGUAAAUUAUCUUCUUUGAUAAGAAGAAAGUUUAUUAGAAGAUAAAUAAAAUAAUCUUUCAGAUCUUUUUUAAAUUAAAAUUCAAUACUUUUGAAGUCAGAUCUCACAAUGUCAGUCCGACUCUUUCUAAUUUUCCACAAUCAGCUGCACAGUUAUCUUUAUGCAGUGUCGCUUAUUUUCACCUGUAUCUAAUGAACCUGUGUGGGGGGAGUAUUGACGCUUCUCGUUUUGUACUAUUUACCUCUGCUUACGUUUAAAUUUCAGAGGAGUCUGUUUGUCAUAUUUGCUCCUGUACAAUUUCAUGGAAAGGCCAAGUUGUGAAAUGCACUGGCAAAAAUUUAACUCAACUACCUUCUAGUUUCCCUGCAUCAACGAAAAUACUGUGAGUAUCAAGUUCAGAUCAAACGGUCUUAACACUAAAAUUUCCUGACAGGCGAUGUGGUAAUUGUUUGACACCACGUCUUAUAUUUGUGAGAUGUUACGAGGAACUCGUUUAAUCUUUGACGCUACAUUCCUUUUCCCCUCAAAAUUUUCAGGCUGUAUAACCUGCUCUCUCAUCUUUGUUUGACUCGUGCAAGCGCCGUGUAAUCAAGUCUCUAUUAUCAUUAAAAAGGUGGUCAUGUCAUCGCGCCGAGAUGAGGGAAUGUUGUGGCCAUUUCAGUUUGAAAUGAAAGUUGUAAUCAUGUUGUCACCGCGGCUAGUCGUGCAUGGGCUGCUUUGGCUGGGUGUGUCAAAAUGGAGAGAAGCUUGAACGUUAAUGGCUUUUUCUAGGUGUGAAACUGCCUCUCUUGAACCGUGUGUAUUUACUGUGCUUUUCACAAACAUGCGAAUUCUCAAGUUCAAAAGCCAACCGACGAUUGCGUUUUUCACUGCCGUCAAUCAUCUUAACGAACCUCUUAGGAGACAAAACUUUACUUUAACGGUUUCAAAAGGUUAUGGUUUGUAAUUUGUUAUUGGUGGAUUUCGAUCCGUUUCGUGUUUCUGUGUUUCAAGGUUCAUUGCGUGUGAUCGUAAUUAUGAUUGACGGCAGCGAAAAACGCAAUUGUGAAGGCGGCUUUUGAACUUUAGAGUUCGCAUGUUUGUGAAAAGCGCAGUAAGCAAUAGACCACACUUUCUAUGGGUUUACCGGCGUGAUAACCCACACGGGAUGUUGGGAGAACACGAGAAAAGUUUCUAGUGUUCUCCCAACAUCCCAAGUGGGUUAUCACGCCGGUGAACCCAUAGAAAGUGUGGUCUAUUGCUUUUAUAAAAUAACUUCUAGUAGAAUGGAGUGUUUCAGGUAAAAAAUAUGGUUCUAGUACCGUGAUCAAGUCACGUCUUCUCUCUAAAGUCAUCAUAAGCCAAUCAUGACUCACGAUGUAAUAGCGUUGACCUUUCUCAAAACUCAGUUCAGUCAAACAACAAACAACAGCACUUCAAAACACGAGUUUUUGCACUCAUUACAUGAUAACUUAUAAAAGCUGUUUUACAGGAAAAGUCAACACAUAUUCAUGCGAACGUACAAUGAAAGAAUACGUUCAUGGUUUGUUUACUACAGAAGUAGAAAUUAACUGAACAUCAGACUGUACGCAGCUGUAUUUUGUUGAGUCGAUCCGUAAGUCCGUAAGAAUUUCAUUGUUACAGACGGAACUGACAGCUAUUGUAAUGAAGGACUUCAUUCACUUUUUACAAGCCGCAGUGGUUUGAGAUCUGUUUUCUGGACUAUUAUGAUGAAGAAAUGCUGGGGUAACGACGUGGCUGCAUUUACGAAGUUGUCGCAUGUAACUUUAUAUGCACGCACAGCGACCGAUGGAAAUAUGUCAGUGGUGGAGAAAGGUUUCUUUGCCGUAGCCACAUAUUGGCGUAAAUAUUUGUCGAUUCGUGAAGUCAGGUGGUUUGAGGUAGGUUAUGGCAUCGAUAUCACCGAAUAAUUUGUGCGAUUGUUGGAAAAAACCAGCCCGAAACUCUGACAUCUUUCAUCAUCGUUGGCAGCUUGUUUACAAACUACAGCGGCCGAUUUUGUACCAUAUCUUGAUCAGAGAUCUCUUUUUGGAACAAUUUCUUUCAUUAAGGAAUUUAAUUCUGACAUAAAAUAAAUCAAGAAUGCUAAAACUAUCCGUUUUGUUGCUGGUUGGCACAUGGUUAAGUUUUCCUAGAGACUUUCUACACCAGAAAUUCACACAGUUGUUGUCUUUCUCUGCGAUUGGCAUCGUCGUAAAAUGUAAACUGUUUUCCAGCUUUGUACUUUAUAACUUCUAAAGCUAUGGCAGUAGCGAAUUGUGAGGCUCAGUAAUAAAAUGUGGAAACCAACGCUUUUAAUAUUAAGAAGGGUUGGGUAAGUAACUUGUUCUGUUUUUUAGCCUUUCUAAAAUCGUUGUUUGCAGAUCAAUAGCCGGUUUUGUUUAUGGCUCGUGGUCCGGAUGCCUUUUUCUAUGGGUUUACCGGUAUAAUAAACCAUAGGUUUUUGACCAAUCAGAUCACGCGUACUAUCUCAGUUAUUUUAUAAAAUCUUUUGUACUAUAACCCUGUUUACUUAGACAUUGCGGUCAAGCCAGGUUAAGCGUACCCCCCAAAAAUCCAUUAGUGAAUUUAUUAUUCGAAAGUUGAAUCCGUUCUGGUAGUUGAAGAUUUCAGGUUGAUCUCUGCAUUCCUCUAGGCGUAAUAAGCAGUGAAUUCACACUCGAGGUCGUUAUGAAAUUUCUGGUUGCUCAGUUUUCCUGAAUUUGAUAUGAAUGUUUUCAAAGCUAUUUUAUCCAUUCAAAGAUUUUCCAUCUGACCAUAUACUGAGAAGUUGCUGUCAUAAAUUCACUGCUGGUUAUUACGCAUGCGGCAAUAUAUAAUGCAAAUUUAAAUUUGAUGCUGGUCGCAGCAACGACUAACGGAUUCAUUUUUUAAGUAAUCGAUUCAUUGAUGGAAUGUAGGAGUUAUGCCCUAACUCCGACUCUUCUCUGCAAAAUUCCGAUGUUAGUAAUUCAGUUAGUUGGUCCCUGUGCGAAUUUCUCUCGGGGAAGUUAAAGAAGAAACUGAUAGCCUUGCCGUUCUAAACUAUAGAAAUCAUCUUGCCUUUAACAACAGAAUAAAAGAUAAAUUCCAAAGCUUUUCUUUUUAUUUGUAGAUACUUAGACCAAAACAACCUGACUAGAAUCUCAAGAGGAGCCUUCUGGAACUUGCGGAACCUAACCUACCUGUGAGUAAAUCAUUUGUUUCUCUAUUUGGUGAAGACGAUUUAAUAUAUUCAAUAUAUUGAUGAGGCUAUUUUGAUCAAACGCAUUCUUCACAGGAACCUUGGACGUAACAACAUUAAAUAUGUUGAGAAUGGAAGUUUCAAAAGUCUUAGCAUCUUGGAAGACCUGUAAGUAACCGGGCAGGUGAAAUGUAUGAUCAUGGCAUGGCCCUUAAGUAAUACAUCUCAGGGGCAGACGGGUUGAUUUAAACCCGUUGCCUCCAGGGUAAAACCAAUAGAGCUACCGUAGACCAUUUAAACAUCGAGUCUUUCUAUUCUUAAUACCCGCACAGGAAGUUUUCGACAUUUUCGUGGUAGAGCGCGUGUCACAAAUAAAAUAGAAAACGUCCAGUGAACCUCAGCCUUCCCUUACUAACAAAACAUUUUUAUACCUUACAAUCAUAACACUUUCCAGUAGAUUUGACCACUUCACCGCGCCGUCCAAAGUAUGCCAAUGACAGUCCGUCUAUUUUUGAGUCAGAGUCAAUUAUAAUCCCAGUCCUCAUUGACCAAACAUACUUUACCACACCUGCUAAUGAAACUAAAAGUGUUUCUUUUUUACGAUAGGAAAAAACUAUGUGCCACUAAGUUAUCGACGUUGAUUUUUGCCAAUUUAAACAAAUGACAACUAAUGAGAUUCCUAUGCAAGAAUCAGUUUCUUUAAAUCCCCUUUAUUUCAAUCCACCAUCUUAGCGGCAAUUAUGACAGUCAUGGCGGCGAUGAUUUUCACAUGUAUCCUUUAUUGUGAUGACACUCACUGAUGAUGGUUAUGAUUUAAUGAAUCUUUAGGUACCUUCACGAUAAUAGCAUUGAAAGCCUUACUCCUGGAGUAUUUGAUGGCCUGGAAUCUUUGACAGACUUGUAUGUGUAUUCUAAUAUAGUGCACUGGUAGUUAAGUGAUGUUUGUUGUCACUGUAAUUUUUCACCAUUAAAGCACACAACAAGCAGAGUGGCUUGUCUGGAUAAAUUUGAACGAUUAUAAUUUUACUCCUCUUUGAUAGAUUCUACGACUAUUUCUAAAAUUUUCCCGGAGACAUUUUUGGUCUGUGAUACAAAUUUGUCUUCAUAUUUAACAUCUCAUGGCAAUUCUAAGUUAUUAAACCAGCUGGUUUUCUAACUUAGACCGUAAACGGCCGAAUCAAAGUCAAUAGUUAUCUACACCUUACAAACUCUUACUGGCGAACUCAACCAGAACUGACAAAAAUAACUGGAGUAACCGGGCAAACCAAGAAUUUGAUUAACAAUAACGACUGUUAUUACUAUAACAAAAGAGGCAUAGAAACCCACCACAAAUAUGAAAGAGUCUUCAUGACCAAUAACAUAACGGUUUAACAUACGACCAAUAACCAAUCAGGUCAAUAUAGUUGAGUAUCAGCAACUGAAGAUGUGAUAGCCUGAGAAAAUUGCCUACAUUUCUCGAAGCUACCACUGGUUUACGCGCGAAAUGACGUCUUAGAAACGAGCGCAGAAAUUCCAUACUGAUGACGCGUCACUACCCAGAUCUGGGUAGUGACGCGUAAUCCUACCACAUAGGUACCACUUUUCAUACCGGAAUAACUUUUGAUUUCGUAUCACGUUUACAUGAUGACUAGGUCAUUUUAUAUCUCGUUAUUUGAAGGUACACUUCAUGUUGUUAAAAUAAACGUGUGAUUCAAAAUCGCAAACAUUACGCAUGCGCUACCCGUUCCAGUCUACUGGCAGACCGAUUGUCGUUUCCCGUUUAGAUGAUACCGUUGCGAUAUUUCGUACUGGAGUGAAAUUCCCUCCCUGUUGCAGCAACCGGGGUGAACUCACGCCGGGGUGACUCGCGCCGGCAUGACGUUUUGUGGUGGUAUCAUGUAAACAAAUAUAGAGUCAUGAGAGGGAACCGGAGUGAAUUAGCCCCGGCACGAAAGUCUCCCCGGUGUCAUGUAAACACCCCCUGACAAAAAGCUAAUUUGUUUUGCGCGGAAGUGAAUACCACCUAUCUAAGCAUAACGAGAUAGAAGAUGGCGGCAGUGAAAAACAGAAGCCACAUCAAUAUCAGAAUAAGGUGGUCGAUCGAAAGGAGCUUAUGAAAAGUUGAACAGGCAAUUGUUCUGGCCACAACGAAGCUCAGCGAUUUAAGAAAAUGUCAAAAGAAAUCCUCAAUAGUGGAUGUUAGACUUAUUAUAUGUUGUGCUUUAUCUUUGCAUACCUCAUGGACAAGAAAAUAAGCGUCGUACCGUUCCUGGGAGGAUGCGGUACUUGAUCGGAGGCGGUGUGUUUCCGAUCAAGGGCGGCGCUGUUUCCAGCGACUACUGUAUCUGUUUAGUUUCUAAAAUAGCCGUAUUUGUCUACAGGUUUUCUUUUUGUUAGUCCUCCACUGACUUUUAUUACUUCCAAAACAGGAUGCUUCAGAAUAACAAGAUUUCAGUGCUUCUUAAAGGCACCUUCCGUGGCGUUAAUUCUUUAGUUAAAUUGUGAGUAUUGUUGUGGAGUAUUCUAGGAGUUAUUUUUUAAGACAGGUCUAUGUUAUCUUUGAAGUUUAGUUUUUGUUUCAUUAAGUCUUGUUUUUGUCCACGUACUGUUUUCCUGUUUUGAUCUUUUAUUUUUACUUGUACUUGAAUUCAUGCUUAGCUAGCGAAUUUGUUUAUUGGCAUAUUAGGAAUGUUAUUCGCUUGGCAUUGUCAGAUGUUAGUUUUUAACAGGUGGUCGUGUUUGUGGUGUUAGAGCUGACCUUCGUUCUUUGGUACUUAUCAGUUGCGACUGUGCGAAGGCUAGUCUAUUCCCUAACAAUAGCAAACCUGUUACAAUGUUAGCGAUAAGGUAUACAAUAGAAAAUUUUCCGGUCAGCUAACCCAAACAUGUCCAGCUUUGGCUAUUAAAACCGCUACUAUACUUGAACUAGUUAGAAGUAAGAGUAAAGAGGAGAAGUAGAGUAAAAGUAGAGAAGAGAGAGAAGAAUAAAAGCAAGAAGUAAAUCAGAUUCCUGGUACCUCUUCGUGUAGCGAGCGAGUUGUUCGAACACGCCCCCACAGUAUUAUAAUGUACAUUUGUAAUAGGGUAUUCCGAUUUAGUGGAAAUUCCUUUUGUUCGGAAAUAUGUUUUCUGUCUGUUAAAUUUCCUAGUUUAAUGCCUUUGUGACGCUUGCUGAAAUAAAGCUGGCAUAAGAUUUCUUUCAAACCGUCGAAAGCAUUUUGUUAAAAGAUUUAUAGCGUAAGAUGUACAUUUAAUGUAAAAUCAUUGGACGUCUAGAGAAUUAAACACGUUAGAAAAUUAUAACGUUUAACAUCACUGGAAUGCUAAUUUCAACAACAAAAAAGGAUAAAAAGCGAGAGAGGCAUGUUGACAUAAGCCAUCAUCUGAUUAAAAACCGUUUGUCCAUAACGCCUUGGUCGAUCGUGCGAAACAACUGAAACGAGGUGCUUGCUUUGGUUUGCUUUCAUUGUUCUGCUCCAACUGUGCACCCGUAUUGUUUGCAUAAAAAUGGCGGCAGGGCAUUUUUCAUUUCCAAUGAAUCGGAAAACACUAAUUGAAACACUUCUAACGCCAUGUUUUCUGCUUAAUAUUUUUCAUUAAAACUGCCUUACAGUUUUAUUAUACACAAAGUGUGCGUUUUUAAGUUGUAUAAAUACCUUAUGAAACAAUUGUUACAUUUGCUUCACUAGAUUAAAACAGCACAUAAUUUGCGCGGAAAAUUCAGAAAAUUCAUCCAUUUUCCAUGAGAUGAAUUCUUGGAAUGGUUUUCAUCUUCUGAGAAGAUAGCCAUGUCAUAAUCAGCGCCUAAAGAACUGAAGACUUUCCACUGCUCUUUGCUGAAAACAGUAAUUAAAUGUACCAAACAAAAAUACAAAAACAAAAACGAUGGCCCCUUUUUCGCUCAUAUAAUCUACGGUUUCCAGCCACACUAUAUCGCCUUGAGGUGCCAAUGCAUGAAUUUUGAUAAGAAAAAACGUGAAAAAAUGAGAUAAUAUAUACAACCUUUUGGCCUGUUAGAGGCAUUCAGAUAAUAGUGAGAUAAGCGAAAACAAAUAAUAUUGAAGGAAUUGCAUUGCUCCCUACAAUCAUAGCGCCUGGAACAGCUAAAUUAUUUCGUGCCUCGCUAUCAAAGUACCUCAUCCUUCGCAUGCUGAACAAAAAAGCAAUAGACAAUACAUACACUGUAAAUAUCGGCGGUAAUCACUAAAACGUGUAUUUUCGUUUACCGAUUCCCUUUACAGCAAGAGUGGAUGAAGGGGGCAGAGAAGGCAUCCCCCAUACACACCUUAUUCCAUAGGUAAUUCGUCUCGAGUUAUUUUUAAGACCACAGAUCCCAAUGGGGAUUAGACAACAGCCAAUCACAUAGCGCGAAUGUGUUCCGCGUGGAUGACCCACGCUCAGAGCCACGCGUCCUUCACGAAUUGACGCUGAAAAAAAUGGCGGAAGACGCGGAGAGCGAUAUUGCUAUUCGUUUUGUCGACGAAAACGACUAAAGAGAGAUUUCUACUAAAGCGGUGUCAGCGAAAUGGAAAUUAAAAAAGAUUCGCUCUUCCUCUCUUGUAUAAAGCUAACAGUACAUCAGGGAAAUCCUUAACACACUGAAUAUUCUCUCAGGAUCAUUUGUAAUUUACAGUUUGAAGAGAGCAAUUUCUGGUUCGAUAUUUAUUCUUUUAUUAGUCGUUUAUUAUUCAACACAAAUAGCAUUUGGCGUCCUACUUGCUUUAUUGUACAAACGAUCGGUUUCAAUAGACCGGCGAAAUUUCUCAUUUUAUCAAAGCACUGAGGUUAGGACAACUUCGAGUUAAACUGAUUUCACGGAUUGUCAAAUAGUCCAGCGAUUCCCUUUUCCCAGGUGAGCGCCGAUUCAUUUCGCUUCGAUAUUCAGAAAUGCUCUCGAUCUCUUUACGCUUUCAUUGCCUUUCGCCCGACAUGUUUUGGACGGCGUUUAGUCAUGCGAAACCUCCACGAAACAUCCACGCAGCGCGCGAGGUAACUUUAUCCCGAUUCUAAAAAUAACUCGAGACGAAUUACCUAUGGAAUAGGGUGUGUAUGGGGAAUGCCUUCUCUGUCCCCUUUAUCCUCUCUUGCUUUACAGAUAUCUCCAGUAUAACAACGUUACUUUCAUACAAGAAGGAUGUUUCGAAAAUCUUCUGACACUACGAACUCUGUAAGUUACUAAACUGUUUUACUUUCCCUAAAACAAGCAAAAUACUAAUUAUUAUAACGUUAACAAUCAAAAAAAUUUAAUCAGGCUUAUAAUAUAAAUUGUAAUGAAUAUUAUUUUUUGAAGAUUAGCAAAAGUACUGUGAAUAACACAUAGCUUGAAGGGAAAUUUCUCUUGGUACACAUUAAAUUAAAUCGCAGCAGGUGUGCAGGUCUCUUGCAGGUUUCAGACCAACACCCGCCCCCCUUCACAUCUCUUCAAUAUUGCAGAUUAAUUUAUUUUGGAAGAUUAAUAGAAUAAACCGUUUAACAAGGAAAAAGUAGCCAUGGAAUCGAAGUUGACUGAGCUUACUUCCAGGCUUAAUCAGACUACUUGCUUUUCUCAAUUUUAAGCAAGAUUAAUUUUUCAUGCGCCUUUUUGGCAAAUGCUCUGGGUCGCUACUCUGGAGUUAAGUUAAUAGCUUUUCAUUUACUUUUAUUUAAUUACCUACAUUCAGAAAGCUUCAAGAAAACCAUUUGAAAAAAGUUUAUUGGGGACUAUUUCAUGGAUUGAAUAAUAUGAAAUACUUGUAAGUAGCAAUAGGUUUAAAAUAGAAAACAUGUUAUGUACCUAACAAACACGGUAUCACAACAGUUAGUUUCCUUACAUAACUAAGUCAUUCAGCGUAUUAGAAUGAUUUUAUUUGACCCGAAUAGUUAACGGACUUAAUGCCAAAUAGUUGGAAGUUAAAAAAAAGGGAAAAAAAAAACAACGUAAUAAUGCGUAACACUCCACUGUCAAAUUCCAGAGUUAAGCAAAAUCACUCUUAAAGGCACUUAAUCAAUCAUUUGUGAAGUAAAGGGUUGCGACGUUUCGACCGCGUACUGCAGGUCUCAAUCAGGUGAUAGUGUUGAUUAUUGAGUAGGACUAUCUGUAUCACAGUGACUGUAUCACGAACAACGCUCACGGUUAGUGGGUUUCGAUCCGAAGCAUUGAUGUCAUUAUUAGAGGAGGAAACUGUUCAUUCAGCGUCCACUGUGGUAGUGAUGACCUGUUGUGUUGUCUGAUCGCCGAUAGUAGGCAUCUAUGCUUUAGGGAAUUGAGAUUCCACUGUCCCUAGGCCUCUUGAUGUUGUUAGAGUGAAGUCUUAUGUGAAUAUCCUCUUUAACUAUACGAGAGUAUCAUACGGUGUGGUUCUCGGUGAGUAAACCAAACCUCGUCCCAAAGCGAAUAAUGCCGGUCUCAGAACAGACUGAAGCUUAAGUACGUGAAAGCUGUAUAUCCCUAUCGAGCUCCUUAAUCCGUUCACGCGUGCGCCGUCCCUUUUCUCCAGUGUAUACUUUUCCGCAUUUGCAAGGAAUCUUAAACACUACUCCAUCCUGAUGUGCUGGGCAACGACGAAGUGGUUUUCGGUUGUGGGUUCUUUAUCGACUUUAUCAGGUGUCUGAUUUUAGAUUUCGUAAUGUUAGCUACAAACCGUACGGGUAUCCGUUAGAGACAAGAACAGAGAAUAAAUGCUUCUUUUCCUCAGAGAUAACUGAUGGCUUAGUUAUGAUGGAUUACGGUCAAUCGUAUGAGCACUUGACAACACAUAUGUGAGAUUUUUAUUUCAAUCCUCUUUCUUUAGGGAUCUUCAUAAUAACAGAAUCCAAACUAUAACACCUGGUGGAUUUGAGAACCUGGAAUAUCUAUCAGAAUUGUAAGCUAUUCGUAUAAGCCCGUUUUAUAUGUUAGCAUAAAUUCUACACUUUCUUUUAGCAAUGGCUUUAAAGGGACUGUUAAAGGGCGAACGUCUGUCAUGACAAUCAUCUUAAGAAUGCACGUCAGUAGUGUGGCAUGUAACGUAUUACAAGACACCCAAUCAAUUACAAGUCAUUAUUUCCCCUUUUCUUUGGGGAUCUUCAUAAUAACAACGUCGUGAGUUGUACCAGGGGGAUGCUAUUCACAAUUGCGAAUGUUUAUCUUUUUAGGGAUCUUCGGGGAAACAACAUCCAAAGCAUAACACCUGGUGGAUUUAAAGGCCUGAAGCAUUUGGAAGAAUUGUUAGCUAUCACUUAAAUCCCCCUAAACUUAAUUCCAUUUUUACUCGCGAUUCAUCUAUCCCGCUAACAGUGAUUCCUCAGUUAAAUUAGCCAAGAGGGGCGAGCACUUCGGGGAGGCGGCAUAACAAUUUAUGUUACUUUGUAAUACGCCGAUUAAUUUGGCCCCAUGGCCCCAGGCAAACCCCGAGCAUAUAUGGCCAUCAUUUUUGCCAAGGGAAUGGGAAAUUUGACCAUUGCCUGGGUGGGGUGGGGAAAUUGAACCAGGCGAAAAUGUUAAGUUUAAAGUCUGUGGAUCCCGGUCUGACAACGUGGUUUGAUAGAUGGAAGCUAAUUUUAUUCAUUCUUUUACUCACCUUACGACCUUCUUCUGAGACAUUUCUUUAAAAAAAAUUAAAAGAAAAAGAACUUUUCAUAUAAUUUAGCCAUGGAAGAACAAUUGAACAAAACAUUCGAUUGCAAAUAAAACUUUCCAUUUUUGAAGCAUUUUUUGUGGUUUUGUUUGUUUUUUAAGCCACUCUUGGAGUGGAUGUUAGCAUUACACGAACAUGGCAUAGGCACUGACAAAUAACCAGGCACAUCCUUCCUUAUAAAAUUUAUGAUUUCAAACACCUUCUUCACUUUCGCGCUUUAUGGUUUUCUCUUAAAAUAUUAUUUUUUAUUUAAUUAGAAUGCUAGACAACAACAAGAUUUCAGAGGUCUUAAAUGGAACAUUUAGUGGUUUGGAUCGUUUAAAUUACCUGUAAGUAUGAUAGAGCCUUCGAAAGUACUUAUAUAAAUAUCCUGGGGAUUCUUUGACUCUUGACGUUUUUUGGUGAAUCAGUUGUAUUACAAUGAAAACUUCCUAUUACACUGCUCUAGGGACGUAAGAAAAUAGCCGUUUAACACAGAUACUGAAAUAUUAAGUGGGCGUGGAUAAUUUCCAGUCUAGAAUAGCGUAUCAACGCAGCAACAGCUCCUCUAUCAAAUUAUUAUGACGAUCAAAAAUUGUAGUUUUAUCAAAUAAGUUGACGACCAAGGUAAAUGAACUUAAAAGCUAUCUUCUCGGGAGUCAGAGCGAAUCGGGUUUUUGGGAUGUUUGUUCGAACGAAAGCUAAGAGCAUUGAGAUCAAUAAGUAUAAAACUUUGUGUCCGAUUAUGACAAACGUAUUGCCCAAUUCUCUAUCAAAACUGAUUGUUUUUUCAAGGUUUUUUUCCAACCGAUUUGGUUCUUAAUAUAACUUCGAUGAUCCCAUGAUCCCCAUGAUUUUUUUCAUGAUAUUCUGUUUACAUUGUAUGCAAUAAUCAUCUUUUAUAAUAUACUUUACAUAUUUAAUUUACUUUUAAUCCAUUGUCUUAGGUCUUUAAUUAAUAACAGAAUUCAGCGCAUUGCACCAGGGACAUUUGAGGAUUUAAAGGACCUAAGAUCUCUGUAAGUGUAAGAUAAUAGCUGGAUUUAGCCAAGGCUAAAAGUGAAGCUCUCGAUAUUUUACUUUGCACGUGCAGCACACUUUUUUUGUACAUUUCUUUGCCGUUGUUUUGCACUACUGUUACGUGAAACUUCCAGAAACUUCCUAGUUGCACGUUUUAUGGAGGGAAUGUCGGACGUGUUCUUGUUCACCCUUUUUUCACUGUCGCUCCUUUUCACCCUGGUGACCGCUAGCAUCCCGCCGCUACAAAAUUUCAUAUUGUUUCUCCAACAGAAAAUGUCUCCUUUUGUUUUUUCUCUCUCGCUCUAGCUCACUUUCUCGUUGAGCUUCGCUUGCCUGUCGCCCUAAUUUCUCUUUGUCUCUGUCUUUCUCUUUCUCUAUAUUCCAAAUUUGUGGACAUGACAAUUAAUCUAAGCUUAAUACUUAAAAAAAAAAAACAGGGAUACAGAAACAUUUUCCGCUUUCCGUUCUCGUCUUUAUUGACUCUUAAGUUGUGUUUGCUUCACAAGACGCGGGAGGCCAUACGCUUUCCCGCCAAAAUAACCUGACAUUUGGCAUCGGCUUAUAUGUAGUGGGUGUACGGACGUUCGUUCGUACGCUACGUCAUAACCAAAUUUUCUCGGAUAGAUAGUUUAGCAAAUUUUCUUACCCAUGGUGCUCCGCGGGCGCGCUUCGUGCACGAGAGCUCCACUAAAAAUAAUCAAACUUACAUAAUACAUUGCAUUUACGAGAUACCAUGUGUCUGUUAUUUACUAUAGGCAAGGUUUACUGGGCUGUUCAGUUUGCAAGGUCUCGCCCACUCUGUUUCGUCUCUAAGCGUUCGAUCAAUAUAAGAUUCUUGGAAACUGCUCACCUACCAAUGAGGUUUAAACUCACAAUGGUUUUUUACAUUUUUUAUUUGUAAAUUUUUGUUGACCAUAUAUUCUUGUCCCUUGAAGGUCGCUAAAUAAAAAUAGCAUCACAGAAAUACGCAGUCUUACGUUUAAAGGACUACGAUAUGUUAAAGAAAUGUAAGUUGAUAAGGAUGUCUUAUACACCUCCUUUAUUUGUUCAUUCUCUUGGAAUUUCUCAGGUUUUAGCAUGGCCUUAAUCGUUGCUUUUGACUUUAAAUGAAGACUGUGUGUCUGUUUUGUCACUCUUAAACUGAGGUUGUAUCUUUUCACCAGAUUUUUGGGGAACAACAACAUUACGACUGUGGAACCAGGAGCCUUUCACAGUUUCAGCAAAUCCAGGUUUUUUAAUGACUUGUGAGUAUUUAGUUUUCUUUUGUAUAACUGUGAAAGGUUUUACCUUUUCAUUCAACUAAUUGAUUAAUAUGGGCCAUGACCGUUGGUCAUGUCUUUAGGAGUUUUCAGGGGAUGCAAAAGAAAAGAGAAGGAAGGGUUCCGUUACUAUAGCAGCCCUUAUGGUAGCACUGAGGGCACAUGUUGUAAACUGCGUGUUAGGCAGUUUGGUUUUCUAGACAGCUCCACAAAACCUGGUAUCCGUCUGUCCUACGCAACACUAUGGGACCCUCUUUAGUCAGGCUGACAAUGGGUGAUACAUAUCAUAUCGGGUUUGGAAAUCUUAACUACUUUGAUAAAUCUUGACUUGUCCAGGAUACCGCGCAUGCUUUGCAAGUGGAAAGUGUUGAGUCGUGUCUCUUGUUUGGCAUAGUCUACUCCCGAUAACUCGAACCUUGUAGGGAAAUUGAAAAAAGUUCGAGUUAUCGAGAGUUUCAAGCAAAAAACCGAAAAUGAGGCAAUGAGCAAAUGGAUAAGGAGAGAAUGCAAGUAUAAGCUAGUAUCAUGCACACUUAAUGUAGUUGUUCACCCAGGGCAGCAAGAGAUAUAGACUAAUAUUUUGCAGAACGAAUAAAGCAACAAAGCUUGUUUAAUAUACACGGAUGGGCACUGAAUUUGAACUGGAGUGACAUUAAAGUAAAGACAAAGACUUAACACUGUUAUUUAUAAAUAAACUCAAUGUUUCGGACUUCAGUGCACUGUUUUUUUUUACUUGUAACGCGCUUAAAACUUGGCUCGAGUUAUCGAGAGUAAAAUGAUAUAGAAAUCAUCUGAAGGGAAACAAAAAUUACUUCGAGUUAGCGGAAGGUUCGAGUAAUCGAGGGUGUGAGUUAUCGAGGGUGAAAUUACAGUAAAUGUAUGAAGAGAUUCCAAGGGAAAUCGACUUUGGUUCGAGUUGGCGCGAGGAUCGAGUUAGGGAGUGUUUGAGUUAUCGGGAGUCAACUGUAUUUAAUCUACGUCUCGCUGUCGAAGAACAGGUUGAUCUCACAGACGUUAUUUGAUGACAGUUUUGUUGUCACUAUCAGCUUAGGGUUUGCCAAAUAUAGGAAAAAUGGUUUAUCGGUGACUGCAGUUCCUAAUGCCUGAAGGUCGUAACUACGUACUGCUUUGUGAGGCAAAGGUGUAGAUGGUCUUGCUUAGCUCUUUAAUCCUAGUUUCGGGGUCUGGCUCAUCAUGGUCACCAUGUGGUCUGCAGACAGCCAAUAGCGUAUAGGAUCGAGUGGGGUUAUUUCUCUUCCUCCAGAUUUUUGAAAGGCUUGCUAAAAAUGAAUCUGAUAUCGCGGCCAUCAUCCAUGUUUCCUAAAGUCCAGCUAUGUCCGCGUUCAGUUUCUCGAGCUCCUAGUUUUUUUUACAGAGUUUUUAGAGUUAUUGUUAUCCUAAAGGGUAGUUGGAAUGCCGGCGAGUUUUUGUUUUCUUCCAGUCUUCACUUUUUCUGAGUUCUUUUCUUACUUUGUGCGAUGGUUACAGUGAGCUGCUCCUCAUACACCCGAGGAAAAUAAAGAAACUGACUGUGGUGGGAGCUUACUGGCUGGGAGCUUCCAAGCCUAAGCAGAUGAUGGCUCUUCAGAGAGAUCUGAGAAUCUUUCGAAUGCAACACCUGCUCGUAACCGGUUACUGCUACUCCCCAUGUCUUUUCAACGCCGCCGUCGGUGAGUUGGGAGCUAUGCUUUCCAGCUCAGUGAUAACAAGGGCUUACCAGUGUUGCAUGAAGGAAAGGCUAUUGCUAUGUAGCAUGUACCCUCUCUGUACGUCCUUAAUGUACUGUAUCACAAGACAACCAGACUGAAACUAAACUCGUGGUUUAAUAUAUCCCAAGAUGUUUAAGGUAUUUUCAUGAUAGGAUACGUGACAUCUCCCCUUUUUAAAACAACAAAGAAGCUGUUGUGGCAAACUGUAAACAACUGCAAGCAAAAUUUAAAAAAGCUUAAUCAUAGAAAGCAAAUGAACCCAUUGUCAACAUCCUUAACUUGACAGUUCAUAAAAGUUCACAGUUCAGGCAUAGUCUUAGUCCCGACCUCAGCGAUCACGAUCCUUUGCUACUCCUGGUUUACAAGGUCUGCUUUGGAUACCGGUUGGAGUAGCACUAGUGGCUUUCUAAAGUCAUGCUGAGGUCUGUGUUGUAUCAGUCUAUUUGUUCUUUACUUGUGAAGCUCUCUUGCUUAGGAGACGACGAUUUCUUUGGUAGAAUUUACCAUCUACCAUUUUCCAAAGAUCUUAGUGUGUGAUGCUUGCUUACAACAGUAGCUUGGGUCCAUUCAUUCUCAUGAUACAUGAAUUAAGGAGGUGACUCCUUGUUGCUUCGUUGGUCAUAAGAAAAUCUCUCUGUCCUUCUGAAAGCGCUGCUGAAUUUCUUUUGAUCCUUGGGUUUUAAGGAAAUUGACCUUUGUUAGUAGGGACGUUUUUAAUUUUAGACCCAUGAGCAUCUCAGCAGGGGGAAAGGCUUAUACCAUCCAAAAGAGUGUUUCUUUUGUUCAGCAGUGCCUUGAAAGGAUCUUGUGCUGUCUUGAGAGGAUUCUUGAUGUUUUUAAUUGCUCUUUCAACUUCCCCGUUUGCUUCAAUUUAUCUUAAAGGUCAAAUGAACCAAAAAAUUGAAAUAUUUUCUUUUGUCGCUUUACCUUCACCAAACACUAAAAAGAACCAUCCUAAGUGAGAUUUGGGUAAAGAUUUUUCUUCCCAAGCCUUUAUAGAAAGAUAAAAGAUCAAAAUCCGAACAUUUCCGAAGACUUCACGAAAAUGUUUCUGAAAUGGCUGUGUGAUAGACUGAAGACUACGUGACGUCAAUGUUGGUCUUUCAGGGCGGAAAAAUGUUCUGCGCAAGCUUCUGCGCAUUCGUCACUUGAAAAUUACUUUGGAUUCAGAACAACCAAUGUUAGAGUAAAAACAGAUCAUUCCGUCAGUCUGAGGAGGAAUAAAACGUUUUGAACAUUUCAAAAGAGGUUUGUAUUUUUCUAUAAUUGUGCAUUCGAUUUGUGAAUUGAUUUUGUGUCCAGUGCUUCGCCUUCUUUCGCCGGGCUGAAUUAAACUGACCUGCUUGUAUUCUGUUAUUAGUAGUUACGGUUAGUUUUUUUUACAUGCCCAGAUUCAUUUACCUUUCCAGAACCAGCUUUAUCUUUGUCUUAUGUCAAAGAACCGUAAUGCUAACGCUUGCGAGUGAAAAAACAUGAGCGCUUAAAACUUCCUCGGAACUAUAGAAGGCUAGCAAGCUUAUUCGAGAAGAACAGACUACUUCCAUCACUUUUCUGUUGCUCAAGUAAUAAUAGUCGGAAAUUUUUUUUUUCUUUUUUCAUUUUUAAUUUCGUAGUUUUGUUUUCUUUCUGUACGCAAAUUUUCCUUUUCACUCGCUGUGAAGUAGCUGAGAACGACAACUGCCGGCAGUGGCUUCAAAACAAUUAACUCUUUGCCCGUAAACAAUUGCUGGAGCUGGAUUUGACUGAAGCGAGCAAAACAAACCCUUAUGUGCAGUUUUGUGUACUUUCUAAUGAUUCAGUUUGCUGAGUUUAAUUUGCUUGAAUGAAGACCCUCGCAUGGACCAGUUUUUAAAAAUAGCUAAAUGGUGAAUCAUGGCUUGGGUGCGAAGCUUGCAACUGAUCUUUUGCUUUUAAGAUCUUUAGGUAGGUUAUUUCGCACAGAAAAUUCACUUCUUCAUUGUCAGCAGGUAUAAGAGCCUUAAGCCUUAUGUUUUUUGAGUCGAAAUUUGUUGUUUUGCAACCUUAUUGAAGCUUUUUUUAGUUCACUUAAGCUGAAUUUUAUGCAUGAUGGAAUUGUUCUUUGCUUGUCGCCUCUCUUUGCGAGCUUAAAGUGGCGUCUAUGGUCCUUAAAGUGACCUCAGUCGGUAAUUACAUCAUAUAAAUAACUGGAGAGAAGUUUUUGCAAUAAUGCUACUUCAACUUUGUUUGAAGGAAAUCUUACUUGGUUUUUGAGAAGUGUUAUGCACUUCGCACAUGCUGAUUUAAACUUAAAACCAAUGCUUUACAUUGUAAAUUAAAAUGAGUCAAGUUAAAAAUCAACAGAAGAAAAACCUUAAACUAUAUAAGGGUAGAGAUUUCAGCGGUAAAUAGUGAACUCCAGACACUGAAAUCGAUUAUCGAGCAACAACGACUUCAAGCGAACACCUCACAGGUAGGAGACGUUGCAACCAGAUAUGGAAACAGUAUCCAAACGAGCGUUGAUUUCUUGUGUGAGGACCACCAUAUAACGAAAAGCUUUCGGGCCGCGAGAAUAUCUCGAAAGAACUUGACAAUCUAAGGCAUAAGCUUGAAGCGAUUUCUACAGGAGUUGACAGUCUGGACGCCGCCAUUGAUGACUUACUUAAGAACGGCUUUGAGUAUAACGUUAAAGAUGUUGGGCUUCCUGAAAGGGACGAGCAUGAGUCUGCUGAAACCACCACGCAGUUGCGUUUGAAACUUUUCUAUGCUAUCGGAGCCGAUGGAGUUUUUCGUCUCUAACAUUAAAAAUAUCUGGUCGACCUGGAAAGGUAUGAAUAAAAUAUUGGGAAAUGCGAAGAAGAGGGAAAAAAUCGAAACGAAUUAACUUCAUUCGUCGAAACGAGCAUUCAUGUUCAAGAUAAUGAAGAUAAUUAUUUGAAUGUUACUCAUUCAUUAGGAAUACGUAAUUUGUUGUAUAUACCUCCAGUUGUAAUGUUAGUCUAUUAUCAAAUAACAAAGUCCCUGCACGUGUAAUUUACAUGUAACUACCGAAAACGUCUAGUGUUUCUGUCUUUAUAUUAUUGUAUUUCUUUUCUUUUUUAAAAAUAUGUUAUUUUAUAUCGCCUUGGUCUAAAGUUUUGUCCUGCCCUGAUUAGCGUAAUAGCUAUUUGCGGGGCGUACAGUAUUCUAAGACUUUAUCGUUUUGUUAACAAAUACGUUAAAGGCUUGAUGUGGUAUAGACAAGACCAUAGCUCUUGCUGAAAUUAGUAAAUACUGAACUAGCAUACUGAGACCCUUUGUCACCAAUAAGCUCAUCAGGUAUGCCAUGUCGAGCAAAUUGACUCUUCAGAUGACAGAUUAUAUUGCUGCUGAUUGAGUUGUCUAGCUUAACAACUUCAAUCCACUUCGAAUAGUAAUCUACAUACAGAAGGUAAUGAUCUCCAUUACACUCAAACAAGUCACUUCCAACUUUCGAACAUGGUCUGCCAGGGAAGUCUUGAAUUAUCAUUGACUCUCUUGAUUGAGCUCUCUGACACUGGGCGCAUAAAGAACACUGAGGCACUUUAUCUUCAAUUUGAGAUAACGUUUCUGGCCAAAAUCGAAUGUCGCUGGCGCGCUGCUUGCAUUUCGCUUUAUCUUAGUAUGACUCCUGGAUAGGCUUUUGUGUUUUGAAUAAUAUCCCACCAACGUUUGAUAUUUCAUCUCUGCACCAAUACUCGCGGACAACUAAUGGUAGCUCUUGUUAGUGACUAGGCCAUCCAUUUCGAACAAUUGUGCUUAAGGCUUGCAGGGCUGGAUCGUCUGCACUAGCUUGCUGGAAGUCACUGUACCUUUCUUGUGAAAUGGGAAGGUAGGCUGUAAGCUGCACUUCGUUUGCUGCCAAAUAUGGGCUGAGGCUUUCUUCACUCUCUUCCAAAAAAAGUUCUGCUCAAUGCAUCAGCAACAGAGAGUUCAGAUCCGGGUACAUAUUCCUCUUUUAAUUCAUAGCGCUACAAUGUCAGCAUCACCUUCUACAGCCUCAGAGAUGGUUCAUGUGAGGGCUUGUAUAAGAUGUAUUGCAAUGGCUUGCUGUCUACUGACGAAAUUUCUGCACUCCAUACACAACCGAAAAGGUUUGCUGUUUCAAUUUGUGCUUACUGCUGUCGGGUUUGUGUGAAGGCUCUUGAAGCAUAGGCCAGGUGCUUCUCAUCUUGCAAAAUGAUUGUCCCUAACAUUUGGAACUUGCACCUACAGAGAUGCAUAAUUGUUUUCCUGGAUCAUAUUAACAAAAUAUUGGUGUUGAGGGGGCCAUCUGCUCGAGCGUCUGAAAGCUUUCUUCUUGCUUGCCUUCUACAUCUGCGAAUAGCUCUGACAUACGGUUCUGACACACCUCGAGAGCUGAUUUUAUUCCAAAUGGUAACCUUGUGAACCGGUAUCUUCCGAAUGGCGUAUUGAAUGUGCAAAACGUUGGGCUAGCUUCAUCUGAUUUCACUUGCUAAUAUCCAGAGGUGGUGUCAAGGACCGAAAACACUUUUGCUUGAGGCAUACCAGCAACAACUUUUUCUACAGUAGUCAUUGGAAAGUGUUCCCUUCUAAUUGCUUUUUUUAAUUCUCUCGUUUCAAUGCAGAUGCGAAUCUUGUAAGGCACUUUCACGGCCGCUACCAUACUAUCCAUCCAGUCAGUAGGCUCUUUCUGCUUUACUACUAGUAGUCAAGCUGUUCUUUGAUUUGUUUUCUUUGAGCCAAACAGGCACAUUUCUUGGUAGAUGCUUGAUUUAACUUUGAUUGUGUGUUAACCUGGAAGGUAACCUAGGCUUCUGAAUAUUGCUCAUAGAUGUUGUGAGACAUUCCUAUUGGAAACUUUGAGAGGUUCUCUUGCUGAUCUAGGUGUACUCGGGCAAGAAGACCAAUGUCUAUGCAGGUUUGGGCACGAAAUACUGUAGGAGCCUCUAUUUCAACUACGUUACGUGGACAUUUACAUACAACAUAUUACCUCUGCACUCACAAGGUAAUGUCACUACUCCUUUAGUAGGAACUUGAUAGCCUGAGAGUUUCACUUGAGUCGUCUCAUAGUGGUAGCGAGAAGCAAAAUCUUGCAUAUAACGUUGGAAAAGAUGAAAUUGACUUUAGCACCAAUAUCUAGUUGGACCUUUACAACUUUGCCUUCAAUCUUAGGGUCUUCACAUUCACUUGUUCCUAUAUCAUUAACUGGGGCGGUUCAUCCGACUUCAUCAUCACUACAUUCAUCUAGACAGUUCACUUAUUCUUAUCUGGGUUUUUUGACAGGCAAACGAUGGCAAAAUGAUUGAACUUGUAGCAUUUUGAACAUGUCUUUCCUUGAGCUGGGCAUUUGCCCUUGUCAUGUUGAUAGCCACAUCUGCCACAAUCUUUUCCAGAGCGUGUUUUUUGUUCCUUGCCUUUACACUAUUUAUUCUUAGAUUUUCUGUUGCCAUGGUUUGCAACUGUGCCUGCGAUAUUUCAUCAGUUUGGGCAAUAGAAAUGGCUUUUUAUAGGUUCAGGUCUGAGCCUUCGUUAAUGAGUUUUUUCUUUGAAGAAUGGCAGCUAAUCACAACUCGGUCUCGAGCCAUUUCAUCGGGGUCAGCAUAACCAUAAGCUGUUCAAAGGAAUCACCGUAUUGUUGCACUCUCAAAUGAAAUGUAUACGUGGCAAACACCUUGUUCGAUCUGCGCUUCACUUAGGUUUCAAAUCUUGUGUAUUGGGAAUGUGUUCCACACGGUUGGCAGAUCGUUGCUCGUCCAAUCCAUCUUUGGAACAAAAUUUCAUUCAAUGUCGUCUCCUCAGGUCUGACGGAGGUUUUUGCAUAUCACUGUUGUAGCUCAGCUCCGUGUUUCCUUUGUCGUUUGGAGAAAUUCUUUAUAUUUCAGAACACCAUGUUAUGUACUGUAUCACACUACAGCCAAAUUGAAUUCUAGCCCAGCAUGCUUAGGGUACUUUCAUGAUAUUCAUGAUAGCAAAUAUGACAAGGUACAAACGCCUUUGUAGGAGUUACCACUAGCAGGGUGUAACUUAUCAAGGCAAUGAUGUAAGGUAAAAACUUUAAAAAAAAGGUUCCUUGCAACUUUUACUUCAACUACUACUACUACUACUUCUACUACUACUAAUACUACUGGUAUAUAUUAGCUACCACUACUACUUUGGUAAUAUAUAGAUUUAGCCAGGGCUAAAAGCUAAGCUCUCAUUAAUAAAUUUAUAAAUUUACUUUGCAAAAUCUUGCCAACAACCUAUGUGCAUGUAAACCAACCUUUUAUACUUUUUAUACAUCACAUCUGGGGUGAAACAGUACUAUGAGGCGCUGUUUUUAUCAUACAGACCUCAGACAAAAUGCAGUAUUUCUCGAUUUUUCAAGACAAAUUGCUCUCAUUCAAUAUUCAGAACCAUUUGAUCAUUUGACAGCUGUCAAUUGAUCACAACAUUGACGUGCAAUCAGUUUUCUCCUGGGCUCCCUGGGCUCCCAAAAUAGCUAGAAAGUGUGAGAGUGUACAUUGGCAUGCCUGCAGUACGGACUGAUGGCAGGCGGUCGGUGUACGGUCACGUGAUUACCAAAUUUUCUGGGAUGGUGUAGAUUUACUUACCCAUGGUGCUCCGCUGGCGCGCACGAGGGUUCCGCUACAAAGAAAUCCUCGGGCCGUCGACUUCACUGUGUCCACAAAUAGACCAUAACUAUUCAGGUAUGCAUCCGUUUUGCCAAGUCCUGUUCUCCAGCAUGAAGUCACGAGACACGUACCUCUGGAAGUAAAACGUGAACUCUCUAACCAGAAAUGUCCAGGUUUAGUGCAAUAGUCCCAGUCAGAAUCCAUGAACAUUAUGGUUCAAUAUUUAUUUAUCUUUUGUUAAAAAGGAUAAAAAUGGAAAAUUGAUUAUAAAAGUUCAAAUCACAAUAAAAUAGAAUUUAAAAAUGCACCACUCUAUGCCAAUACGUGACGAUCACAUUUAUUGUUUAUUUUUUUAUACUUUCCUUUCUUUUUCAAUUAAAUGUAGGUCGAUUGCUAACAACAAGUUGGAGAUUAUUAAAAAUAAGACUUUCUCUGGCCUUAACUAUCUAUACAAUCUGUAAGUGGUGUUUAUAUAUAUUUUUUAUUGCCUUGAUCUGUAGUGUGAAACGUUUGGCCACUCCUUAAGUAGCAGAAGCUAGUACUCGCUGUUGUGCUCAGGCUAGCGUUCAUCGCUCUGUGCAAUGGAAUACUUAACUGAGAUCCUUUUUAUUCAAAGUUGUAAAGGCAAGUUUCUUGGAAAUUGAUUUUACUUUCCUUUGUUUCAAAAUCAUUUUCAUACGCUACCAUACAAACAACGAAAGGCGGUAGAUUUCAAUCGAGGAAAAAAAUAAACAACAAAUCAGUAAAAUAACCAUGCUUACUCAAAAAUAUAAGCAAGCAAUACAAGUGAAUAAAUUGUCCAAAUCAGACAUGAACCAAACCUUAAAGAUAUCGCAUGUAAAGUUGACUACCCAGCAUAUUAUCUUCACAGUGACAUGGAUAACAACGACAUUCACCGCAUCGAGGCUACUGGAUUCUACCGAAUGGGAAAACUCAGAAACUUGUAAGCUAUGUUUAAACAAAUCGACCACAGUUUACCUGAUCAGUAUAUGCAGGCCCUCAAUACUUCUGAUUAGCUAGCUUGGAGAUAAGCAACCUUCCCUAUUCAAAAGAGGAACCAGAUGCCUCAUUGUUGUUUUUGUUUUGUUUUGUUUUGUUUUUUAUUUCUUUGUACCCAUGUUCUUUUCCUUGUCACUAGCGCGACGUUGUUCCCCUUUGUUGUCGUAUUCAUUAUGAAGGCAUUGUGGCAGAGUGGUCAGUGCGUCGGACUAGCAAUCCGGCGGUCCCGUGUUCGAGUCCCACUCUAUUCGCUUGCUGGAUUUGUUCUAGGUCGUUCCGAGUACACAUCCUUGGCCAUGUUUGUAAAUAACUAACUACUUGCCUCCUACCAGUUGGUCUUUCAAUACUGCUGGGUUCUAUUUGAAUUAUUCGUUCAUAAUUAUUUAUAACAGAAAAAUCCGCUGAAUGUACUUCCCACUAUACCAAGCGAAAUGAAAGAGUCAUGGAGAUAACAAACUCAAGGUUUAAACAGCAGUUUGACGUGGUUGUUAGUGCUUCCCCCUCCGAAUAACUCCAAAAUAUUACUAACCGUGAAACCUUCAUGUAGCAGUCUCUUUCGGAGGCAAAUUUAAAAAAAUUCUUGGGAGAAAAAGUUUCAAUCUGAUUAAACCAUAUUUCAAUACUUUUUUGUCAACCACCUCGUGCUUUUGUUAGUCACACCUAUGGAAAGAUUGUUUUGUUUUUUUUUAUCUGGUCGUAAAUAAAAAUUUCCAUGGAUAAAAGCAACAUAGAAUGACAUAGAAUUUGCUCAUUGUGUUAUUUAAUUAGUUAUAAUUAAUCGUUAGAUAUUUAAGAGGUAACCGAUUGCGAUACAUUGCUUAUGGAACAUUCUACUACACAAAGAAUCUUUACAAACUGUAA